AUGUCCGAAUACGCCAUUCCAGAAGAAGAUGCGAUUUCUACUGAAGACUGUUGGACGGUGAUUUCGUCGUUUUUUGAGGCCAAAGGUUUGGUUUCUCAGCAGUUGGAAUCUUUUGAAGAGUUCGUGGAGUCGUCCAUUCAGGAGUUGGUUCUAGAAGACAAAAAGUUGAUUUUGGACCAACCUGCACAGCAUAUUACCGAAGAUGAUGACAUCAAUCGUCGUUAUGAGAUCACUUUUGGUGAUAUUUUUCUUUCUAAGCCAUCCCAAACUGAGGCUGACGGUACCACUUCUACCUUACUCCCUCAGGAGGCUCGUUUAAGAAACUUGACUUACUCUGCUCCUUUGUACGUUGAGAUGAAGAAGAUGGUAAAAGAAAGUCUCGAUGAUGACGAUACUACUGCACCUACUGCUUCUUCAUCGUCUCAGGUUCAAUGGUAUAGAGAAGGUGAAAUUACAAAAUACAGAAAUGGCGCUGUCCAUGAUCUAAUCCCCAUUCCAGCAUCUUUCAAUGACGAAGAGGAUAAUGUUGUUGAUGAAAAGCAUGGCACUAAAUUUCACACUAGUGGUGCAGAGACUCAGACUAUUUUUAUUGGUAAAGUGCCUAUCAUGUUAAAGUCCAAGUUUUGUACUUUGUACGGCCUUACCGAGGAUGAGUUGUAUGAAAUUCGUGAGUGUCCCUACGAUAUGGGUGGUUACUUCAUUAUUAACGGCUCUGAGAAGGUGUUGAUUGCUCAGGAAAGAUCUGCUGCCAACAUUGUCCAGGUGUUCAAGAAGCCUCCUCCAUCCCCUAUUUCCCAUAUAGCUGAGAUCAGAUCCGCUUUAGAGCAUGGUUCCAGAUUAAUUUCUUCCAUCCAGGUUAAACUGUCUCGUGGUGGUGCCUCCAGUUUAAAGAGCGGUGGUGUCGGAAGGUCCAUUAUGACCACCUUGCCUUACAUCAAGGCUGAUAUUCCUAUUGUUAUUGUGUUCCGUGCCCUUGGUGUCAUUGAAGAUGGUGAUAUUCUCCAGCAUAUCUGUUAUGACGAAAAUGAUUGGCAGAUGAUGGAGAUGUUAAAGCCCUGUAUUGAAGAAGGUUUCUUGAUUCAAUCUCAAGAAGUUGCCCUUGACUUCAUUGGUCGUAGAGGUAAUGCCGUGGGUAUUAAGCGCGACAGGCGUAUUCAGUUUGCAAAGGAUAUCUUACAACGUGAGUUCCUUCCUCAUAUAUCUCAGGAUUCUGGUUACGAGACCAAUAAGGCAUAUUUCCUUGGUUACAUCGUCAACAGAUUGUUACUAUGUGCUUUAGAGCGGAAAGAGCCCGACGAUAGAGAUCACUUUGGUAAGAAGAGAUUGGAUUUGGCAGGUCCUUUGUUGGCCAACUUGUUCAGAAUCUUAUUCAGAAAGUUAUCCAAGGACAUUUACAGAUAUAUGCAGAGAUGUAUCGAGCGUGGUGAAGACUUCAAUAUCGUCUCUGCCGUCAAAUCGACAACCAUCACCUCUGGUUUGAAAUACUCUCUCGCUACGGGUAACUGGGGUGAACAAAAAAAGGCAAUGAGCUCACGUGCAGGUGUGUCGCAGGUGUUAAACAGAUAUACAUACGCCUCCACGUUGUCGCAUUUGCGUAGAACUAAUACUCCCAUCGGAAGAGAUGGUAAAUUGGCCAAGCCUCGUCAAUUGCAUAACACUCAUUGGGGUUUGGUUUGUCCUGCUGAGACUCCCGAAGGUCAAGCCUGUGGUUUAGUUAAAAACUUGUCUCUUAUGGCAGGUAUAUCUGUUGGUACAUCAGCUGAGCCAAUCAGCUAUCUUUUAGAAGAAUGGGGUUUGGAACCACUAUCGGAUUACGACCCUCAGGAACAUCAAAAUGCCACUAGAGUGUUCCUUAAUGGUGAUUGGGUUGGUACGCAUAGGGAUCCAGGAAUGUUGGUCGAUACUAUGCGUCAGUUGAGAAGAAGUGGAACUAUCUCAUCAGAAGUCUCUUUGGUGAGAGAUAUUCGUGAGAAAGAGUUUAAGAUCUUCACGGAUGCUGGUCGUGUCUAUCGCCCGUUGUUCAUUGUAGAUAAUGAUUUGGAUUCACCCCAUAAGGGAAGCCUCAAGUUGACAAAAGAAGACGUUAGAAAAAUUAGAGACCGUGAAGUUGAAGAGAUUCCUCCGGAUGAAGAAUACGACGAGGAGGGUAACCCCGCAGAGCCAAUUCGCAGAGUGUGUGGAUGGGACUCUCUUCUUAGUAACGGUAUUGUAGAAUAUUUGGAUGCCGAAGAGGAAGAGACUACGUUGAUUGCAAUGUCUCCAGAAGAUUUGCUUCCAAUCAGCAAGCACGAUCUAAGAAGAGAGGUGGAGCUGGAUCCUGCAAAGAGAAUUACGACGCACAUAAACAGUCAUUCGUUCACACAUUGUGAAAUCCAUCCUUCCAUGAUCUUGGGUGUGGCUGCCUCCAUUAUUCCCUUCCCAGACCAUAACCAGUCUCCUCGUAAUACAUAUCAAUCUGCUAUGGGUAAGCAGGCUAUGGGUGUCUACCUUACGAACUAUAACGUGCGUAUGGAUACGAUGUCGAAUAUCUUGUAUUAUCCGCAGAAGCCUUUGGCCAAGACAGCAUCGAUGGAGUUUUUGAAAUUCAGAGAACUACCCGCUGGUCAGAAUUGUAUUGUGGCUAUCGCUUGCUACUCCGGUUAUAACCAAGAAGAUUCUGUCAUUAUGAAUCAAUCUUCUAUUGACCGUGGUUUAUUUAGGUCACUUUUCUUCAGAACCUACAUGGAUCAGGAGAGAAGAAACGGUAUCUCGAUCGUGGAGGAGUUCGAAAAGCCCAUCAGAUCUAACACUUUGGGAUUCAAGGUUGGUACAUACGAGAAGUUGGAUGACGAUGGUCUCAUUGCACCUGGUGUGAGAGUCUCUGGAGAUGACAUAAUCAUCGGCAAGACAGUGCCAAUUCCACCGGACACAGAAGAAUUGGGACAGAGGACAAAAUACCAUACCAAAAGAGAUGCCUCGACACCACUUAGAACUGCAGAGAGUGGUAUUGUGGAUCAGGUGAUGUUGACGACCAAUGCAGAAGGUUUGAAGUUCGUGAAGGUGAGGAUGAGAACGACUAAGGUUCCACAGAUUGGAGAUAAGUUUGCCUCUAGACAUGGACAGAAAGGUACCAUUGGUAUGACUUAUAGACAUGAGGAUAUGCCAUUUACUGCCGAGGGUAUUGUGCCGGAUAUCAUUAUCAAUCCUCAUUGUAUUCCUUCUCGUAUGACUGUUGCCCAUUUAAUUGAGUGUUUGCUAUCUAAAGUGGCAGCUUUGCGUGGAUACGAGGGAGAUGCUACUCCUUUCACAGAUUUAACGGUGGAUGCCGUGUCUAAGUUGCUUAGAGAAAAUGGAUAUCAAAGUAGAGGCUUUGAAGUGAUGUAUAACGGUCACACUGGUAAGAAGAUGAUGGCUCAAGUGUACUUGGGACCUACGUACUACCAGAGAUUGAGACAUAUGGUUGAUGAUAAAAUUCAUGCUAGAGCUAGAGGACCAUACCAGAACUUGACUAGGCAGCCUAUGGAGGGUAGAGCCAGAGAUGGUGGUUUGAGAUUCGGAGAGAUGGAGAGGGAUUGUAUGAUUGCCCACGGUGUUGCUGGAUUCUUGAAAGAGAGAUUGAUGGAUUCUUCGGAUGCAUUCAGAGUCCAUGUCUGUGGUAUCUGUGGAUUGAUGUCUGUGGUUGCCAACUUGAAGAAGAACCAGUUUGAAUGCAAGUCUUGUAAGAAUAAGACUAACAUUUACCAGAUUCACAUUCCUUACGCUGCCAAGUUGAUGUUCCAAGAGUUGAUGAGCAUGAACAUUGCACCGAGGUUAUAUACGCAGAAGUCUGGAUACUCUGUGCGUUAG